AUGGCCACCUCCACCAUGUCCGUCUGCUCUGACGCUUGCACCAACUCCUCCUGGCAGGUGGAUGACUGCCCAGAGAGCUGCUGUGAGCCUAGCUGCUGUGCCCCCAGCUGCUGCCAGCCUAGCUGCUGUGUCCCCAGCUGCUGCCAGCCCAGUUGCUGUGUCCCCAGCUGCUGUACCCCAUCCCCCUGCCUGACCCUCAUCUGCACCCCAGUUAGCUGUGGGUCCAGCCCCUGCUGCCAAUCUGCCUGCAGCAGCUGCUGCACACCCUCAUGCUGCCAGCCCUCAUGCUGUGUGCCUGUCUGUUGCAAGCCAGUCUGCUGUGUCUCCAUCUGCUCUGACUGCCAGCCAGCUUGUUGCACCUGCUCCCCUUGCCAGCCAUCCUGCUGUGUGCCUGUCUGCUGCAAACCUGUCUGCUGUGAGCCGGUCUGCUGUGAGCCGGUCUGCUGUGAGCCGGUCUGCUGUGGGGCUUCCUCCUCAUGCUGCUGA